AUCGUUUUAAGUGAUUUCUGAUCCGAAAUGAGUGUGCGAGUGAAAGGGGCGAUGGAUAGGUCGUUUAAGAGAAUUUUGAGGAGACAGAAGACCGUUCAUGGUGACAUGCCGGUGAAGGACGGCAGCCGGCGGUCGCUGGUCGGCGUCAUCGACGACGGCACCAAGACCGUCCGAGUUGUGAUAUAUGAAGCAGAGCGGUCAGAAGAGCUCGCCGCGUACCAGUUAGACAAAACCGAAGUCCAACCACAGGAAGGAUGGUCCGAACAGGAUCCCUUGGAGAUCAUACACCACAUAAAACUCUGCGCAGAGAAGGCGGUUGAACAACUAGCUGUUAAAGGAUACUCCAAAGAUGACAUCGUGGCGCUGGGCAUCACCAAUCAGAGGGAGACGACAAUAGCGUGGGACAGAUUCACGGGAGAGCCUUUACAUCCUGCUAUAGCGUGGAACGACAUCCGCACAAACGUCACCGUAGACGCGAUCCUCGCCAAGGUGCCGGACCAGAACAAGAACUACCUCAAGUCCGUCUCCGGCUUGCCCAUAAGUCCGUACUUCAGCGCUCUGAAGAUGAGAUGGCUGAAGGACAACGCCAAGACCGUCCGGCGCGCCGGGCGCGACAAGAGGCUCAUGUUCGGAACUGUGGACUCCUGGAUUGUAUGGAACUUAACUGGCGGUCCACGCGGGGGUCUCCACAUUACUGAUGUUACCAACGCUUCGCGAACACUUCUGAUGAACUUGGAAACUUUGAAUUGGGACCCUAUGUUGUGUAGGUUAUUCGGAAUCCACCGAGACUCGUUGCCUCAAAUAAGAAGCAGUUCCGAAGUUUACGGCGUGGUCAAGGAUGGAUCCAUCUUAGAUGGAAUUAGAAUAUCUGGAAUAUUAGGCAACCAGCAGUCAGCUCUAGUCGGUCAAAACUGCCUGUCGGCCGGCCAGGCCAAGAACACGUACCGCAGCGGCUGCUUCCUGCUCUACAACACGGGCUCGCGCCGCGUGCAGUCCACGCACGGCCUGCUCACCACCGUGGCCUACCGACUGGGGCCGCAAGCACCUCCAGUCUAUGCGUUAGAAGGUUCAAUAGCAGUAGCGGGCGGCGCCAUGAAGUUCCUCCGAGACAACCUGAAGCUAAUAAAAGACGUGGUGAAGGACACGGAGCAGAUCGCCGGCCAGGUGUUCUCCACGGGCGACGUGUACUUCGUGCCGGCCUUCAGCGGCCUGUACGCGCCCUACUGGAGGAAGGACGCCAGGGGAAUUAUUUGUGGACUGACGGCAUUCACCACAAAACAGCACAUCAUAAGGGCAGCGCUGGAGGCUGUUUGCUUUCAAACAAGGGACAUAUUAGAAGCCAUGAAUAAGGACUGCGGCAUGCCGCUGUCAAAACUACACGUGGACGGACACAUGACCCACAACGACUUGCUCAUGCAGCUGCAAGCCGAUCUCAUCGGGAUACCUGUGUUGCGCGCACAGUCGUGGGACAUGUCGGCGCUGGGCGCGGCCGUGGCGGCCGGGCGCGCGGCCGGCGUGUGGUCCCUGGAGGCCUGGCGGGCCACCGCCACGCCCAUCGAUACCUUCCUGCCUACUACCACCGAUGAUGAUCGCGACGCGCGCUACACGAAAUGGAAGAUGGCCGUCCAACGCUCCCUCGGCUGGGCUACAGUCAAAAAGUCCAUCACCAUGACAGACGAACGCUACAAGCUGCUCUCCUCGAUUCCAGCGACGCUGUUCCUCAUUGGCAGCUUCACCAUGCUAGUCGUUUCCAAUGCGCUCAAAAAUAGGUGAUAAGUUAAUGUAGAUUCUAUUCAAUAGGGAAUAAGUGCCAUAUCUGCGCGGGAAUUCAAACUUGUACAGCUUUUUAAUGAUUUUAUUAAGUUUUAUUCAAUUGAAAUGUUCUAUUUAUUCGUGAAAGGUUGAAAAAUAUUUGCUCUUUAAUUUUUAUUUGUUUCGGAUUAAAAAAAGAGUAAAUCUGUUAAAUUGAUUGCCAGCUCAUAUUUUAAUGCUACUUUUGGAUGUGAAAAAAAAAUUGUGAAAGCGAGAUCAUACACAGAUUUAAAACAAAAGUUGUGUGCAUAUAAGUAAUAAUUUUAUCAGUUUAUCACACAUGUUAAUACAAUAGUAUCACUUUAUACGAAUAAUUCAAUCAGAAAAUUACACUUAUGACCUCAAACUUUGAGCAUGCCCACAAGAGAAACGUGAAUCUAAUUGCUGUGUAUGACCUGGGGCCCAUUUCACGAAUCAUAUUAGGCUAAUAUUAUAAGAGUGUUGUCAUGAAAACCCAUACGAUUUGACAGUUUGUGGCCUAAUAAUAUAAGUUUAAUACCGUUCGAGAAAUGGGCCCCUGCACUUACUGUAUAGUUCGAUCAUAAAAGCUGCCGCCAGAUUUGUUUAAAGUCUUGCAAGUAAAGUUAAGGCAAUAUCCAGAAUUAUUACAGAAUAUUCCGUGUUUAGCAAUAAGUAUGUAAUUCUGUUCAUUCAUCAUUAAUUCGCCUUAACUUUAAUUGCUAUACCUUGCUGUUCUAACAAUAUUAUCGUCAAAAUUCGGCGGCAGACAUGUGGAUCAAACCGCACAUUCUUAGUGAAUGAAAUACCUACCUAUAUUUUACUAUGUAAGCUUUUUUGUGCCUAGCAUCCAUAUAGCAGUAAAAGUAACAGAGUUUUGACGUAUUAUCAGCACCAUUUCACUGAAUAUUACCCUUGCAUCUUUGCAAUAACAUUUGCGAAUUAUCAUAACAUCGGGACAUACUAGACAUAGGAUCGCUCGUGUAUUUUGAGUUCCUGAUUUAUUAUUUUUUCGAUAAUCCACAUGUAUAUCGAUUGGAAUUUUCCUACGUAUCAUAACAAAAUACACCCGUGGUCUAAUGUUUAAGAUGACACAUUUAUGAAUAUUAGUAAUGACGUCAAACACUAGACAACUUACUAAAGUUGACAUUUAAUCAGAUAACUUUGCAGGUUUUAAACUAAAGUUAAAUGCAUUUUUAUAGACUGAUAGGGUAAACAACUUAUUAAUUGGUUAUCAUUACAAAACCUACUUUUUAUUACAUUAUUAUCAGGGUGGAUCAACUUUUUUUUGUUAUUCUGUCCCGUCAGCCGGGCGAUAAUUGUAACAUACUUUUAAAAAGAAAUGUUAUACUUACCACAAUCUACUAAUAUGGGAAGAAGAUGAUCCAAUAUAGAAAAGAUUUAUAACUGCCAUAAAAAUGUAUGUUUAAUUGUUUUAAAUACCAUGGUUAUAAAAGUGACCCAGGAGACCGUAACCAUGGCAACGAGAGACUAGAAAAAGUUGAUUCAUUCAACAAUAUUGUCUAGAAGCAACAUUUUAUGGCUAAAAAUGGGAUUGCUUGCCCUAUGUCUUUUUAUUAUUAAAUUAUCGUCAAUUAUUAAUUAUUAUGAACAUUUUAUAUAGUAGACUUUAAUUAAAUUAAUUCUCAUUCCAACUUGCGUUGGCAUUUAUGGCAUUUUAGAACAAUUUUUAGCUUUUGUAAUUUUUUAAUUUAAUUUAUUUAUACUAGUGUAAGCGUAUUGCAAUUAUAAAAUAUCGAAAUAAGAUUAAAUAUGGUAGACAAGAUGGGAAUUUAGAAUAGGGUAAAAAAUAUACCUUUAUGCAGCCCAAAGCAAAAUCAUUUCCUUACAAUUAGGCUUGAUUUUAUGCUAGUCAUGAUGAUUUCUUGAAGCUAACCAAUGAUUUAAUAAUACUGUUCAGAAUGGUUUUCCUGAUUUCAUUAUUAUAGUAUAACCACGUACAACCUCUUAUACCUAUUGGUUUAAAUAUAUUUGUAAUAGUUUUAUUUAUCCUACCGAUAUUUGUAAAUAUAAAAAUCAUGUUUCUGUCCCUUUCAUCAAUUGGAACAAGAUAAUGUGAAUUAAUCAAAAUAUUUACCGGGUGGGGCCUCUAAAUAAAUAAAUAAAUACUAUAGAACAUUAUUACACAAAUUGACUAAGUCCCACAGUAAGCUCAAUAAGGCUUGUGUUGAGGGUACUUAGACAACGAUAUAUAUAAUAUAUAAAUAAUUAUAAAUACUUAAAUACAUAGAAAACACCCAUGAGUCAGGAACAAAUAUCUAUGCUCAUCACACGAAUAAAUGCCCUUACCAGGAUUUGAACCCGGGACCAUCGGCUUCAUAGGCAGGGUCACUACCCACGAGGCCAGACCGGUCGUCGUGGGUCUGUAAUAAAUAAAUAAAUAAAAUGUAAGCUGUACUCCUCAAACUGACCAACGUUUGCUCAACGACUUAAAAUUAACUUCAAAGUCUACUAAAUCAAAAUACGAUUUAGUAGACUUUGAAGUUAAUUCUAAAGCGCAAUAUAUUGCGAAUUUUGUUAUGUUUAAAGCGUGACAAGUAACGUCAAUUACAAUGAUCAUACAUUACGUACAUUGAAGAUAGUAAUUAAUUUGUAUGAAAAAUACGAAGGAAGUUUGAAUUUUCAUAAUUUUUAAAAGUAGUUGAACAAAAGGGUCACCGCUUGAGGAGUACAAUCUGUUUCAAUUAUUUGCUCGUGUGUCGCACCCGGUAUAAAGUAUCUCAAUGUGAUACCUACAUAAGUAAAUAUUCUUAAUCAAUACUGUUGGUACAUAUUUGUGAAUAAUUAUAUAGGUAGAGUCAGGCCAAAACAAGUGUCAAGUAAACGUUACAAUUUCAUAGAAGUUUGACGUUUAAAAUAACAUUUACAAUUUAACACCGUCUGGGCUAUCAAAAUCGCUGCCAACUUAUCUUGGUUUGAUUCUAACUAUAUUCUUUUACUCUCACUCUAUUAAUACUAAGAUAGUUAAUGUCGUAAAACCAUCUAACUAUAGUCCAAUACCACAACUAUGGCGCAUGACUUCAACACGUAAUUAAGUACCAAUACCAGUUUUUUUUUAUUCCAUAUUUAUUUAAAUUGUAUUUUUUUAUUUAAUGCAUAUUAGUUAUAAGAUGUAAUAUUUUGAGAGUUUCUUACCGGUCCCAUAUGGGGAUACCCUCCUACAAUUGAGGGGGGAUUUAAAUCUUCUCGAGGUCAGGGGUUAAGGGUUAGAGCCGGCGUAGCGUUAUUUGACGUUCAUAAGCGCAUUGUAAUAUGCCUACUUGGAAAAUAAUAAAUAAAUCUUUAUCUUUCGCUGUUGCCUGAUAUUUACUUACUUUUAUGAAAAUAUUUUGUCUUAGAACUACGACAUUUAAAUUAUAUUUACACUUCAACGAAUAUAUUCGAUUUUGUUGGACCAUGGUAGGUAUUUUGAACUAUAGAUGGGUGGUUUUACGGUACGAAAAAUUUUUCAGUACUUUUGACAUAAUGGAAGCUUGUUACAAUGUCUUAAAUCAGAAAUACUUGUAGUGAAUAAUUUUCAAGUGUAUAAACGUUUGUAAAAUAAUCUUUAUAAACCUUAAGUACCUGCUAAAUAUGAUUACAUUUCUAUUUAUAUGAAUUAACCUCGUAAGGCCCACCGUACAAAAUUUAUCUAUUUUUAAUUUAAACCUAAUAUUAGGUUGUGUUUCGUUUGUUUGAGAAAGAAAUGAAACAAAAGAAAUGCUAUUUUAUUAGGUUUAAGAAAGGUCCUAAUUAGAUUGAAACGAAGUAUACAUUAUAAUGCACAUUGGGCCUUACGAGGAUUGUUUAACUUUUCACCAACCUUCUUUAUAUGUAUUCCUAUUUUUCGAGCUAUUCUUGUUAGAAUUAAUUCACUCUACGAAAAACUUCGUAAAUAACCGUUGUUUGUUUGAAGUUUCUACGCCAUAAGUAAAUAAAUCGUCUGUAUUUUUCAUGUUAGGGGUUUCAGAACCAUUACUGUUUAAAUCAUUCAGGUUUUUCGGUACCAGCCAAAAGAACCUUAAUUCCCUGCAAUUUUUGACCGGUUUUGUUGACUGAAGAACAUUAUAUGUAUACAAAACAUUGUCGCAAAAAAUUUAAAAGACCAACAAAAUGAAUCCGUUUUGAUAAAACAUAUCUAAGCACCACCGCUAGAAAACCUGCUUUCAAAUACAUAUAAAAAAAGUGCUUUCAAAUCGGUUUACCCGUUUAAGAGGGACCGUGCCACAUAGCGGUCAAACUUAUAGCAACUUUUGCUUUGUAAGCGUUGCGUUAGGGUUAAAAAACGACCCGAUUAAGAAAUACUGGCAUAGCUACCCCCUUUUUUUGAUGACCCAGGGGGAAUCCGCUAUGGAUCCCACUGGCCCGGGAGAAGCCAAGUGGGUAUGUUCGACUCCCACGCACUAAGCCCCCUGGGUGUUCCACCGCGCGCUUUGUGGACGGGGUUUCGGGAACGCGACUGUAGCCCUCCGAUACCGCACCCCUAGCAUUUAUUUAUUAGUUGAAUUUAGUUGUAGAAUUUAGGGGUGUUUAGCGACAUAAACGUGAAGUUAUCUACGGAUAUUCCUGGUAGAUCUAGAAUAAACAUUUUUUUUUUAAUUAUGUACCGAUCGGCGAUUGGCCCUGGUCAACAUAAUAUUGAUGUGAUCGUAGGUUUUUGGAUUUAUUUAUAUCGUUGUGAUUUUUACUAAUCAUUCCUUUAGCAUUGUUUGAGAGCAUGUUUUUAGAUUUUUUUAUUCCUGUAAAUUAUGGGCUUAUUAUUGUAUGACUUUAAAAAUUUUUUUACAGUAAAUCAGGCAUGUAUUCAAUUCAAUUUGUAAUUUAAAUUAUUAUUAAAUAUAAAAAGACAUUUUUACUCAGAAUUAAUUGUACUGUAAUUAAAUGACAAUUUGCCAGUUGUUUAUUUGAAUUGAAUUUUUAUUGUUAAAAAAUUUGUUGUUUAUUAAUGGUGAAUUAAAUGAUUUGUUGGGUUA